UACUAUAUAAGGCUAGCUAUGUUCGCAGGAACGAGUGCGGAAACAUUGCAACACUGGUUCACAACCGCACCUUGUUGCACAAAGCUUUGUUUCAUAACAAAAUGGCAUUCACUAACAACACAUCCACCUUAUCCUCCACCAAUAUGGCAUUCACUAGCAUCUCAUCCACCUUUUCCUCUGCCAACUUGAUAGCAUUGGCAGUUUUAACACUUGCGAUACAUAUGUUAAAACUGCAGCUUGGUUACCAAAAACAACAACCGAAACGAGGAGGAGGUCCAGUACUUCCUCCAGGGCCCAAACCCUUACCUCUCAUUGGGUGCCUACAUUGGAUGGUCGUCAACAAACCGGCAUUCCGAUGGAUACAUAGAAUGAUGGAUAAAAUGAACACUGAAAUUGCAUGCAUCCGUCUUGGGAGAAUUCAUGUCAUUACUGUCACUUCUCCUGAAGUCGCACAAGAGUUCUUGCAUAGUCAAGACAUCACUUUUUCUUCAAGACCUGUUCACAUGUCCACAGAAUUACCAACCUAUGGCUACUUGACAGUAGCUCUAACGCCUUCCGGCAACCAAUGGAAGAAGAUGAGGAGAGUCGUCACCAGUGAGGUGCUUUCAGCUCGAAGGCACCGUUGGCUUCAAGAUAAAAGAAUGGAAGAAGCUGAUCACCUCACUGGUUACGUGUAUAAUUUGUGCAAUGACCACGACGAGGGUGGCAUAGUGAACGUACGUACUGUCACACAACAUUAUUGCGGAAAUGUGAUUAGGAAACUGAUGCUUAACAAAAGAUCCUUCAGAAAAGGAAUGGUAGAUGGAGGGCCAGGUCCCGAGGAAAUAGAGCAUGUUGAAGCUCUUUUCAAAGUUCUCGCAUAUAUCAAUGCAUUUAGCAUAUCAGAUUACCUACCAUGCUUGCGACUAUUUGAUUUGGACGGUCACGAAGGGAUCCUCCGCAAAGCUCUGGAAAGUAUAAAAAAAUACAAUGAUCCCGUAAUUGAUGAAAGGAUUCACAUGUGGAGAAAUGGGAUUAAAAAAAAGAGUGAGGAGGCUGAAGACAUUCUUGAUGUUCUAAUUCAGCUUGCUGACCACUCAAUUGGGGCUCCACUAUUAACUUCUUCAGAAAUCAAGGCGCAAAUUCUUGUAAGAACACUUUCCUUUCCUUUCCAAACCCUCUCUCAAGCCCUCAAACUUUUUCUCUCUAUUAAAUAA